ACUGGUAACACCUGCCUGGAAGCCUAUUUCUUCCAGAUGACUGAGAACAUGAUCUGUGCUGGCUUCAUGGAGGGAGGCAAGGACUCCUGCCAGGGUGACUCUGGUGCUCCUCUGGUGUGUGAUGGGGAGCUCCAGGGUGUUGUGUCCUGGGGUCAUGGCUGUGCUCUCAGGAAGAAGCCUGGUGUCUACACCAAAGUCUGCAACUACGUGUCAUUGCAUCUGGCUAAGUAGCAAAGGCUGGU